AACGCUCCUUGUAGGCUACUGGUUUUGUGAUAUGUUUCUUGAUAACCUACAGCGACACGUGUGAAGGUAGACUGUCAUAUGACCAAGUCACCUGAUUAUCAUGAGAGAUUUUUUUUGCCACGACAGGCCAUUAAACAAUAUUGUCGAUUAGGAUAACAACGAAGAGACAAUCACUGACAGACCUGAAUUUAAUUUAAUUUAUUUCAGUACAUUUUCCUUUAGAGGAAUUGCUACUACCACAAUACACUCUAAUUUCCCAGGAUACACUGCUGUUUACUGUCGACGGAGUGACAGUGAUCCCAGAGAGGGCUCUGGUGGUACUGAAUGCGAAGAUAGCUUUCCUCUAUGUGGAUGUAGGGGCAGCACUUUUAUACUAUGUAACUGUAUGUAUUUAUUGCCAAAAGCUGACGGUGAAAAGGCAACAGUUAGAAAAGGAUACAGUUACAUGUUGUUUUCGUUUCGGCAAUGCCUCUCUUCACGUCUAACCCCUUUGACCAAGAUGUUGAGAAAGCGACCAGUGAGAUGAACACAGCAGAGGACUGGGGCCUCAUAUUGGACAUAUGUGAUAAGAUUGGACAGUCGCGCACAGGGCCAAAAGAAUGCCUGCGGUCUAUAAUGAGAAGAGUCAACCACAAGGAUCCACAUGUAGCCAUGCAGGCAUUGACGCUACUAGGUGCGUGUGUAUCAAAUUGUGGCAAGAUAUUCCACUUGGAGGUCUGCUCAAGGGAGUUUGCUAGUGAAGUCAGCAAUGUCUUGAAUAAGGGUCACCCUAAGGUGUGUGAGAAGCUGAAGGCGCUCAUGGUGGAGUGGGCU